AUGGAGUCGUGGAACCCGUCUCGGGAUGAUGGAGAGAACAACAAAGGAACAAUGCAUCUGACGAAGUACAGAGAAGUCGAUAAGACCACGCACGUCCCUUAUAACUCUCUACGCGCCGCCUGGCCGCCUCACCGGCUCUCAUUCACUCUGGAAAAAAAUGCUAGACUCCAUCGUCUAGCGCAAUCGAAGCCGGCGAAAAAAAAUGGAGAUGCAGGCGUCUUGAUGGGCGCAGCACCAAUGACAGCGCAGUCAAAGGUCAGCGUCCGCGAUCAGGCCGAACGCUACGACUCCGUUGGAAAGAAGCAAAGACGAAUGAGACGCCGACGGGCAGCCGUUGCGAGCAGGCGACGACAAAUCCAGCCCGCGCGAUUGGUGAACUCGAUGCUGCUGACCUUUGCCGCGUUUCUGGUUGGCUGCAAUGGGCGAUCGCCCCGGGAUGGCUCCACUUGGCUGCGUCACCUUCCAAGAUCCGCUCACCAGGCCGGCUGA